AUGUCAAAAUCACGAGUUUUGAAUUUACAAACGUAUUCAACUAAUUUGAUAGGCAAAGUCAGACCUAUGAAUCAUGAACCGAGAAAACUAAAACUAGUUAUGAAGGAGGAAAAUGGCACGGGACAAAGUUUAGACAGUGAGGUUGCAAAUAAGGUUCAAACUAUAUUAAACAAUCAUUUUCGUAAUAAUACUAUUAAUAACAAACCUUCGUUUAUAGGAGACAUAGAAAUUUCAGAUCUUGAUUUUGGAGAUAUGAAAAUGACAAUUACAACAGAAUUGUUUAUGAAUUAUCCUAGUAUGAGAUUUAUGAGUUUACCGAUUAGAUUGAAUGUCACUGGAUUUGAGUUUUCUGCUACAGCAGUGGUGGCAUUUUUUAAAAACAGAGUUAAUUUUUGUUUCUUGGAAUCAAAAAAUCCUGAAGAAAGCCCAUUGAAGGAUGUUCACAUUGAAUCUGAAAUUGGAGAUAAAGAGAAACAAGUUUUAAAAAAUGUUGGAAAAUUGGAAAAAUUUAUUGUCAAUCAAUUAAGAAAAUUAAUCGAAGAAGAUUUUGUUUUUCCAAGCUAUCAUUCAAUAGAUUUACAACCUACACAAUAA